GUCCGAGGAGCCGGGGCUGAUCUCUGCCAGGCAGCUGCAGAAGGAGCACCCGCCACACCACAGACAUCUCCACAUCUGCAGACACCUCCACAUCUGCAGAGGAGAUCUCCACAUCUGCAGGAAUAGCACCCUCCACCUCUCAGAGCCUCUCCUGUUGAUGAUGAGAAACUUUUUUACAUGCAUGUGUUAAUAGCAAAAUGGCUUUUCCAGGUUCAACAGCAUUUAGCGAAGAACAUCGACGCAGCCUCUCACAACAUAUGUUUCCAAGUUAUGCCUGUGCCUUUUUGGAUGAUGACUCUGCCGAUGAGUAUUGCCCCACAGAUCCUCUGACAGGCUCCCUUUCCACAUGUCGUCGCAGCCCUCGACUGCUUUCUAAUGGCUAUUACAUUUUGACAAAAGACAGUUUUCUGUCCGAUGAAGAGGGCAAUAUAACACUGACACCAUCCCAGACGAGUGUUACAUAUAAAGAGAAUUUAGUUCGCGUAUUCAGGCGAAGGAAAAAAAUCCGUCGCUCUCUUACCAGCUUGUUCAACCUCGGUGCCUCCAGUUCAUGGCUCAGCAGCACUGUCCUCGGCAGUACGGAUUCCUCCCAUUCAGAUGAUCCUUGGCCUGAUGGAUGUAGCAAACUAGAAGCCAAUCAGAGUGAUAUUGGUGAUUCAGACUUUUCUUCUGAAUAUAGUUGCUGUGUGCCACAAAGGCAAACUCCAGCACCUAAUGGAGCAUCUCUUACCAAAGAUUACGAGUUUCUUCAGCCUGAGAAACCAUCUUGUGCUUCAUUAUCUUCUUCUCCAUUUAUGAUAAAUGCAAAUGAAGAGACUUUGAGGAAUGCAGAAUCCAGCACAGUGAGAAAUGUCCUUUCUCAAGUGGUUGCACUGAUCAUGUGUUUAAUCAUUACAAUAUGUACAAGAUAUUUUCUGGGAGGAUUGUCUGCCACUUUGUUGCUGAUAAUUUUAGUUUUUCUUUUUCCCCAAGACGCUGCUGUGUCAUCUUUCUUCAGUCUUGACACAUCUUUCACAACAACAAAGUUUUGGAAAUAACUGUAAAGAAACAAUAAUUGCUCUUCAGCAUCAGACUACCGGAUACCUUCUCCUGGCCAACAAUACCCAUGUUAUUAUGGAAAAAAAAAGAAAAAGAAUAAUAUUUUGUAUUCUUCUUUCAAAAUACAAUUAAUUUUAGCUUUAUUUUUAUUCUGGUCAAACUGUGGGUGAGGCCAUACUACUGGUGCCCAUCUGAAGGCAGUCAUGCAAAAAAACUCUGUACGUCUUGUCUCCUGUGUCAAUGAAGUGCUACAAGCACAAGGUCCUACGAGCAUUUUGAUAUCAAACUGGUGGUAAAUAGUGAGUUGCAACUCCCAUUCAAUCUACAGUAAACAGCUGAUAUCUUCCAAUAUUUAUAUGUUAAGUUCCUGUAACAACAUGCUGUCAAAGAUAAUGGCUUUGGAUAGUGGCUGAGUACAUGUGGUAAUAUAUUUCAGAGGCUUUAGUGUGUCAUGUGUGUGCACUGGCUUUUGGCCUUUCUGCUGCACAUAAUGAAAAGAGGAAAAAAUAAAGGAAUAAAUAAAUAUUAUUGGAAGGAAAGGAGUCUUCAGAAAACCAGGAAUCAGGAUGUGGACAAGCAAUGAUGAAUCUGAAUUACCUGUAUUCACAUACCGAAGUACAAGACCUGCAGGUAUUAACUUUACUUUGGAAACCCUGAGCCCCGCUUCUCAGCUUGGAUGCUUAUUAUGACAGACACUGAAUUACACGAAUCUGGUGCAUAACCAAAAACUGCUAUCUUGUGACUCUAAGCUAAAAAUCUGCUUCUUAAAAUAGUUUUGGUGGAAUAAAGAAUUGAUGAAACUAAACCACCAGUGCCUGUCCAUGUCUAAGCCAAAUUCAAGCAGGUUAUACCUGUAUUUCUAGCAUCAAAAACGCAAAAAAUAUGAUGCACUGAGGAAAACUGUACUUAAAUUUUAAAUAAAAUGUACAUUUCUCUUUCAAAGUGUAAGUAUAUGCUGAUUAUAUUUUGAAAAUAAACAUCAAUAGCUCAGCAUUAAGAGCUCAAAGAGAGAAACUUCAUCCAAAUUACCAAUUUUACAUAGCAAUUUACUUUCGCCCGGUACAUUAAAUUGACCCUGUAUGAAGACAGACCAUCUGAUGUAACAAGACCAGGUUUUAGAGUUUCAAGAAAUGGUGACAAUAGAAUGUUCUUCUUCAUAAAGCUGAUGUAUUCUGUGACUAUUAUAGUAGUUAUAAUACUCAUCCCUGUAUUUUCUUGUGGUUAACACACUUGAGUAAUUUUGUUUGGUGUUAAAGAAUUCUGUUUCUUUAUUUACUUUAACUGUGGAGAUGACUAAGAUAAAAUAUCAUGUGUAGUAUGUAUAAAUAUUUUGUUACUUACUUUAUUGCUACUUGUAACAGGUCCUUUACUAAACGCACUUUUAAAACUAAAGGAUUAUAAAAAUCCUUAGUGGUUAAAUAAUCUCCUGGAAGAAUAAUCUGGGAAAUGAGUUCCUAUACUGAGAGAAAAGUCUAAGAUUGGAAUUACCCUGCAGUCACUGAAACGAUUAUGCUGAAAACUAGAAAAACCUGAGUUUGCUGUAAACUAGUUAGUUCACCGUAAACUAGUUAAAAUAAAUAAAUAGUUAAAAAAAGCUGA